CCGGCGUGACGCCGGGCAUGGGUGGUGCCCGACUCCCGUGGCAACGCGCUCCAGCUUGUCCCAAACAGCUGCCAAGCCAUGGGCACGUACGGACACCUCACCUUCCUCCUCCUCCUCCUCCAUGCCCCAGGGACCUUUGUAAAGUCAGCAGCCCUGCCCGACCUGCCACGCAUAGUGACACUGAGUGAGGACGCUGCACCGGGCGCCUGCGUGGCCGAGGUGGCUGCGUCCUGCAGCAAUGCCAGCAGCAGCCCUGACGUCACGCUGCAGCGCGUCGAGUCCGCUGUCCCUGUGGGCUCCAGUGUCACCCCACGCAACGCCGAUCCCAGCCACCCCUUCAACCCCGUUGCGAUCAGUGCCGAUGGUGUGCCUGCUUCCUCAUUUAGGGCGGAGGUGACGCUGCGUGCCGGCGCAGAGCUCGAUGCCCACCAGGUGAACUGGUACGCGCUGGUGCUGCGCGCUGCCUGUCCUGGUGAGCAGGAGGUGACGGGGCAGCUGUUUGUGCGGGUGACAUCGGGGCAGGCGCUGCGCUGUGGCUUCCCGUUUGCCAGCGCUGGUGGGGACGUGGUGCGGGUGUCAGCAGGCGUGGCACCCCGUUCGCCCCUGUAUGCGGUGCAGGCUCAGCCACAGGGCAGGCUGAUGUUCCAGCUCAGAAAUAGCGGCACACCACUCACGCUGACCCAUCAGGGCCUGGUGCUGGCGCCUGAUGGUGGCUUCAGCCCCAGCAAGGACACCCAGACAUUCAGGCUGGAGAUAGAGGUGAUGGAUCGGCAUGGGCAGAACUGCAGUGGGGUCGUGACGGUGGAAGUGCUGCCAUCGCACCAUCCCCGUGUCACCAUCCUUGCUCCGCAGCAGGACGUGGUGGUGCCAGAGGGCAUUGGUCCCUUGGUAGUGGUCACGCAGGUCCGUGCCAGCGGGGCCAACAUCCGCUACGCCAUCCUCGCUCCCACGUCACCAGCGCUCUUCACCAUCGAUGAAAUGACGGGUGAGAUCCGCAGCACGCGUCGGCUGGAGGUGGCCGGUGCACAGCUCCUCAUCCAGGCAUACAAUGCGCUGCAGCCCUCUGACCAGGACACCAUCGUGCUCAAUGUCACCGUGAGGGGGACAGACCAGCGGGCACCAUCCUGUGUGCCAGCCCUCUAUGUGUCCCAGGUGCGUGAGACCUUGUCCCCUGGCAGCACGCUGGUGACACUGAGGUGCACUGACCCUGCUGGCGAUGACGGGUCCCUGCAUUACACGCUGGAGGGGCCACCAGGCUCUCGUUCCCACUUCCACAUGGAGGGGCCACAGCUGAAGGUCAACACCACUCUGGACUAUGACACCGAGGCAAUGGCUGCUGUGGGCUUCCAGCUGACGGCCACCAUCGUGGUGACAGCCGGGGGACAGCCUCUGAGGAGCACCCGCAUACCCGUGCUUGUGACAGUGAUACCCGUCAAUGAAUUCACACCGGAGUGCCCCAAUGGCAUCAUAUUCACCGUGUCAGAGACAGCACCUUUUGGCAGCAUCGUGGGGCGCGUGGUUGGCACUGACCGUGACCACCCACCGGACAGCCUCGAGUACAGCCUGGAGGGGGGCACUGGCCCUGCACAGCCCUUCUCCAUCGAUGCACGCACCGGUGAGAUCCGUGUGGUGGGGCCCCUCAGCCCCCCACGGCGCGCUGGCUACCGGCUGACGGUGCGGCUGACGGACACCCACAAUGAUCUGGACCCAUUGAACCGGAGGAGCCGACUGUGUGAUGUGGCCGUGCGCCUGCAGGCCAUGCCUCAACGGGCACCACUGUGCAACCCGGAGGUGCAGGAGCUGAGAAUCACAGCUGGGACAGGCAGCCGGCAGCCUGUCACCCACCUGGUGUGCAGUGGGGACCCGGAGGGCACCACGCUGUCCUAUGCCAUUGUCGGAGGCAAUGAGGAUGGGCACUUUCGGCAGGAGGGGAGCGUGCUAUCCUACAUCCCCACCGGCCUGGCUGAGCCCCGCACAUUCGUGCUGCUGGUGGAGGUGUGGGGCAGCAGUGGGUCCCCACGCCGCAGCACCAUGCUGGCACUGGUGGUGCACGUCACACCCCACAGCACCCCAGUGCCACCCAGCACCACCACCCUGCACACGACGCUGCAGAAGGAGCCACUGGUGGUCAGGCAGACGGAGCUGACUUGGCUCCCACCAGCUUGGUUUGUGGCAGUGCUGACUGCAACCAGCGCCCUGUUCCUGGCCAGCCUGUGCUGUGUGGCACACAGUGUGCUGCGCAGCAGCCGAAACCUCAGCAAGGUGCUUCUGAGUGAGAGCUCCCGGGACGCGGCAGCGCAGAGCAGCGCCCGCGAGGAGGAGCGGAGCCGCCCGGCCGCCCGCAGCCCGUCCCUCUCGGCACCGCAGCCCUUCGACGGCCGCGCGCACGACCCACGUGAGCGCCGCGCCCCGGAGGCUGCGUGCGGCGAGGAGCCCUCGGAGCGCGGCGGUGCCAUGAGAGCGGCAUGCCGGCUGUCCCAGCUCGGUGUUUCUGAAUCCCGGGGCUGGGCUUUGCUAACGGAGCGCUGUAUGAUGCCGUAG